AUGCUCCGCCCCCCAAGCCCGUGCCGCCCGUUUCAGACCCGUUGGCACCAGGCUAACAGCUCCCACAACAUCGGUGGCCCUGGACGCCGCUGGCGGCCCACCCUAGGCAGCCCGGCCCCACCAAGCCCGGCCCUCGCAGCAUUCACCUGGGAGGUGAAGGCCAACAACCGUGCCUACCACAAGCAGUUCAUAAAGAAAGGCUUCCUGUGCUGGAGACAGAAGAAGUACAAGAGCAACGCCAUCCACACAGCCAAGUACAACUUCUUCACCUUCCUGCCUCUGAACCUGUUUGAGCAGUUUCAUCGUAUGUCCAAUCUCUACUUCCUUCUCAUCAUCAUCCUACAGGGCAUCCCUGAGAUCUCCACACUGCCCUGGUUCACGCUCUUUGCCCCUCUGGUCUGUCUGCUUUUGAUCCGAGCCACCCGUGACCUGGUUGAUGACAUUGGUCGACACAGGAGUGAUAACAUCAUCAACAACAGGCCCUGCCAGAUCCUGAAAGGGAAGAGUUUCCUGUGGAGGAAAUGGAAGAAUCUGUGUGUGGGGGAUGUGGUGUGUCUCAGUAAAGACAGCAUCGUCCCGGCUGACUUGCUCCUGCUGGCCAGUACAGAGCCCAGUAGCCUGUGCUAUGUGGAAACCGCAGACAUUGAUGGGGAGACCAACUUGAAGUUCAGACAGGCUUUGAUGGUCACACACCGGGAGCUUACUAGCCCGAAGAAGAUGGCUUCCUUCCAGGGUACAGUGACUUGUGAGGAACCCAACAGCCGGAUGCAUCAUUUCGUGGGGAGCCUUGAGUGGAACAACAGGAAGUACUCGCUGGACAUCGGGAACCUCCUCCUACGUGGCUGCAAAAUCCGCAACACAGACACCUGCUACGGCCUGGUCAUCUACGCUGGUUUAGACACGAAGAUCAUGAAGAACUGUGGGAAGAUUCAUAUGAAGAGAACCAAGCUGGACCUGCUGAUGAACAAGCUGGUGAUCUGGAUCUUCAUAUCCCUCGUGAUUGUGUCCCUGCUGCUAACACUGGGCUUCGCCUUCAUGGUGAAGGAAUUCAAAGGCAAACACCACUAUGUGUUGGCGCUGCAUGCGCGCACGGAGGUCGUGGAGUCUUUCUUCAUUUUCUGGGGCUUCCUCAUCCUGCUGAGCGUCAUGGUGCCCAUGGCCAUGUUCAUCAUUGCCGAGUUCAUCUACCUAGGCAACAGCUUUUUCAUCAACUGGGACCUUAAUAUGUACUACGAGCCCCUGGACAUGCCGGCUAAGGCCCGCAGCACCAGUCUCAACGACCAGCUGGGGCAGGUGCAGUACAUCUUCUCUGACAAGACAGGGACGCUGACCCAGAACAUCAUGACUUUCAAGAAGUGCUGUGUCAAUGGCUGCAUCUACGAUUCGGAUGAUGAGCAUGGGAUUCUCCGGAAGCGAAACCCAUAUGCCUGGAACCCGUUCGCCGACGGCAAACUCCAGUUCUACAAUAAGGAGCUGGAACACAUGGUACAAAGCCAGCAGGACACAGUCGUACAGGAGUUCUGGCGUCUGCUCGCCAUCUGCCACACGGUGAUGGUACACGAGAAUGACAACCAGCUGCUGUAUCAGGCAGCCUCCCCUGAUGAGGAGGCACUGGUCACUGCUGCUCGGAACUUUGGCUACGUGUUUCGGUCUCGGACCCAGGACACCAUCACCCUGGUGGAGCUGGGGGAGGAACGGGUCUACCAGGUUCUGGCCAUGAUGGAUUUCAACAGCAUUCGAAAACGGAUGUCAGUGCUUGUCCGAAACCCAGAGGGCUCCAUCUGCCUCUACACCAAGGGUGCUGACACAGUCAUCCUGGAGCGGCUUCACAAGAAGGGCGCCGUGGAGACCACCACAGAGGAAGCCUUGGCCGCCUUCGCGGAGCAGACCCUGCGCACCCUGUGCCUGGCUUACAAGAAGGUGGCGGAGGAGGCCUAUAAGCAAUGGGAACCGGAGCACCAGGAGGCCACCCUCCUGCUGCAGAACCGGGCUCAGGCCCUGCACCAGGUGUAUAACAAGAUGGAGCAGAACCUGCAGCUGCUGGGAGCCACAGCCAUUGAAGACAAACUGCAAGACGGUGUCCCUGAGACCAUCAAGUGCCUCAAAAAGGGGAACAUUAAAAUCUGGGUGCUGACCGGGGACAAGCCAGAGACUGCGGUGAACAUCGGCUUCGCGUGCAGGCUGCUGUCGGAGAACAUGCUCAUUUUGGAAGAUAAGGACAUCAAACGUUUACUGGAGAACUAUUGGAACGAAAGCGAACAGCAGAGGGCGUUCAAGAUGAUGACCCACCACAACAUAGCCUUGGUUAUCAACGGGGAGUUCCUGGAUCAGCUGCUCCUGUCCUUGCGCAAGGAGCCCCGAGCUCUGGUCCAGAAUGCAGUGGUGGAUGAGGCCCCUGAGGAGCCGGUUAUGUCCAGGAUGGACUUCCUCCAGGCGCGGAGGAUCUCCCAGAUGUGGCGAAACAUUGGAUCCUCCCUGACACAGUCCCCGUCAGCUGCCUCUAAGACCCACGAAAGCCCCGAGGUCCGGCGGGAGAGGGCCUUUGUGGACCUGGCCUCCAAGUGCCGAGCUGUCAUCUGCUGCAGGGUGACGCCCAAGCAGAAGGCCCUGGUGGUGGCCUUGGUGAAGAAAUACCAGCAGGUGGUGACGCUGGCCAUCGGAGAUGGAGCCAACGACGUGAACAUGAUCAAGACUGCAGACAUCGGCGUGGGGCUGGCAGGUCAGGAGGGCAUGCAGGCGGUUCAGAACAGCGACUACGUGCUGGCCCAAUUCUGCUACCUGCAGCGACUGCUCCUUGUACACGGGCGCUGGUCCUACAUGCGCGUCUGCAAGUUCCUGCGUUACUUUUUCUACAAGACGGUUGCCAGCAUGAUGGCUCAGAUAUGGUUCUCCAUGUUCAACGGCUUUACAGCACAGCCCCUGUAUGAAGGCUGGUUCCUGGCUCUCUUUAAUCUGCUGUACUCCACACUCCCGGUUCUGUACAUCGGUCUGUUUGAGCAGGAUGUGACUGCGGAGAAGAGCCUAAAGAUGCCUGAGUUGUACGUGGCCGGCCAGAAAGAUGAGUUGUUCAACUAUAGCAUCUUUCUGCAAGCCAUCGUCCACGGCAUGCUUACAUCGCUCAUCAACUUCUUCUUGCCAGUGCUCGUCAGCAGUGACUUUUCCAAGUUUGGCAGUUCUAGUGACUACCAGUCCUUUGGGGUACUGGUGGCGAUAUCUGGGCUACUGUCUAUCACCCUGGAGGUUAUUCUUGUCAUUAAGUACUGGACGCUCCUGUGUGUGGGCUGCAUCGUGAUCAGCCUUGGCUCCUAUGUCAUCAUGACAAGCCUCACUCAGAGUCUAUGGUUGUUCAAGAUCUCACCAAAGACCUUCCCAUUCCUGUUUGCUGACUACAACGUGCUGAGCCACCCCAGCAGCCUGCUGGUGAUUGUCCUCAACGUGGCCCUGAGCACACUGCCAGUCCUGGCUCUGCGUGUCAUCCACAGAGUUGUUUCCAAACUGCGUCCCAAGGAGGAGGAGGUCCCGAGUGAGGAAGAGGAAGUGGCUGUGGAGCCCGCCGUGAGGCAUCUUCGCCGCGGCAUCCCUGCCCGCCGAUCCAGCUAUGCCUUCUCCCACCGUGAGGGCUACGCAGACUUGAUCACCCAGGGCACCAUCCUGCGCAAGUCCAUGGAGGAACCCAUCAGCAAGUCCCCGAACCCGUCUGAAGAAGACCUACCCCCACAGCAAUCCCCACACCACAGGGAGUCGAUAUUUAAUCCGCGAAGGAUCUCCAUCCUUGCUAAGAUGAAACUGCAGCAUCAUGCUAAAGCAUCCCAGGAGGAGGUCCACCCCGACACAAGCUUCCAGACAGAGAAACAGGCCACUCUGCACUUGGACCCCUCUGACACUCUGAAGCCACCCUCCUCCCCAAGCGCCACGUCGGUGUCCUCCUCUGAUGACCAGGCCUUCCACAGUGUACCUUCAAGAUACACCCUGGAGAGCCAACCAGAGCGCUUGGACGUCAGGUCCACCUCUUAGAAGGGACUUCCCUGGAAGGACCCACCCUCUCCUAAGCCGAGCCAACUGGAAGUCCCCAAGAAGCAACAUAGCCACACCUCCAGUUGACCAGAAGUCCGGCGCUGGGAGAUCCCCAGUCAUCCAGUACAGUGGAACCGUCACCUGGGAGUGAGCAGAAGGCCAAGGCACAGCCCCGGCAGCAAGGCGGGCGCCAGGGACCUUUCAAGUCAGAUCUCCAUCCUGCUCAAGUAUACAGCAACUACCCCCGUCCCAGCCCCAACAGGAGUAG